AUGGACCUCGGGCAGACCCAACGCCCGCGUUCUUCGCCGGGGACUUUCAAUGACUUUGAGCCCCGUCGCAAGUGUGCUUUCUGCUGUGGCGUUCGUUGUGCUGCAGUUGCUGGGGCAGCGGUGUUUGCCAUCACUUUUCCAUGUAACCUUGUCGUGUUGGGAGGCCGCAUGUGCGAAGGACGCGGCAUGAAAGGCUUUUUGGAUCGGCAUCUCUUGCUGCCGCUCCCAGUAUUUCUGAUAAUCUUCACACACCAAACUAUCCAAUCAGAGGCCCUGUGGAGCAAAAACAAAAAGACAUUGUGGAAACUCAACUGGCAGUCCGCUGGCCUCAACGUUUUUCUUUGGACAUUUAUGACACUUAUUGGGACGAUUAUUUCGCGUCGCUACGCUACACACUGGAGCCGACAAUAUCGAUUGCUGAUGUGGGAGUAUCAACGUACACGCCGCAGCUGUGGCAACAAGUACAUGCCUACAGUCUUGGGAAAGAUCACAGAGGAUCUUGAUUGGUACAACAUCCUAUGGACGAUCAGUCUCUAUCAUAUCGUUUGGGGCAUGAUUACAAUUAUGGAAGAGCGCGAAAUUGGUGCGCACUACGCUAUGUUUUACCGCGAUUGUCCCUAUAGUCGCUGGUGCUCCCCGCGUUGGAGAGAAUGGCGGGAACUGGAAGUCUUGAAGCAUGUCAAUAAGGAACAUCUGGUGGGAUCUUCCCGCUGGGGAUCCUUUUUACUGAGUGAUCGGUGGCGCUCCAGCGAUAUCUAA